AUUUGAACCAAGAUUCAUCAUGGAACAGUCUAAGCAAACACAAAAGUCAAAAGCAGAAGUUAUAUCUGACAUGACUGAAGGAAAGGCUUCCAAAGGAAGUUCCGGAAGGAUUGUGGUAUUUGAGAGACUUGCAUCAGAAAGCAUGGCCGGCGAAGAAGAAGAUAAGUCGGUGAACAGACAGCCUCACUUGUCCCGUCAAGAUCUUACUACUCUUGAUGUGAGAAAGUUGACCCCAUUGACACCAGAUGUCAUCAGUAGACAAGCCACCAUAAACAUAGGCAGAAUCGGCCAUGUGGCUCAUGGGAAGUCAACAGUCGUCAAAGCCAUAUCUGGAGUGCAGACUGUCAGAUUUAAGAAUGAAUUGGAGAGAAACAUCACAAUCAAACUGGGUUAUGCCAAUGCGAAGAUUUACAAGUGUGAAAACGAGUCUUGUCCAAGACCGGGCUGUUACAGGUCAUGUGGUAGCGCUACCCAAGAUGUCUUUCCCUGUGACAGAAUCGGAUGCAGCGGCAAAUUCAGACUACUGAGACAUGUUUCCUUUGUUGACUGCCCGGGGCACGACAUUCUUAUGGCAACCAUGUUGAACGGAGCAGCUGUUAUGGAUGCUGCACUUCUUCUUAUAGCUGGGAACGAGUCCUGUCCUCAGCCCCAAACCUCGGAGCAUCUGGCAGCUGUGGAGAUUAUGAAACUGAAACACAUCCUCAUCCUCCAAAACAAGAUAGACUUGGUCAAAGAAACACAGGCCAAGGAGCAGUAUGAACAGAUCCUAGCUUUUGUUAAAGGUACAGUUGCUGAGGGGGCCCCUGUUAUUCCAGUGUCGGCUCAGCUCAAGUACAAUAUAGACGUUGUGUGUGAAUAUGUCGUCAAGAGUAUCCCCGUGCCAGUCAGAGAUUUCACAUCAGAACCAAGGCUAAUAGUUAUCAGAUCAUUUGAUGUCAACAAACCAGGAUGUGAGGUCGACGAUCUCAAGGGAGGCGUGGCAGGUGGAAGUAUCCUUAGAGGUGUUCUCAAGGUCGGGCAGGAGAUUGAGGUGCGGCCUGGUAUCGUGUCACGUGACCAGGAGGGGAAACUGACGUGUCGGCCAAUCCUGUCCCGAAUUGUUUCUCUGUUUGCUGAACAGAAUGACUUGCAGUAUGCUGUUCCUGGUGGGCUUAUAGGUGUUGGUACCAAGAUUGACCCCACCUUGUGUCGAGCUGACCGCAUGGUUGGACAGGUGCUUGGAGCAGUGGACGCCCUGCCGGACAUCUACACAGAGUUGGAAAUCUCAUUCUUCCUGCUCCGACGACUCCUCGGGGUCAAGACAGAGGGAGACAAGAAAGGCGCCAAGGUCCAAAGACUGGCAAAGAAUGAGAUUUUGAUGGUGAACAUCGGCUCGCUGUCGACAGGAGGUCGUGUGUUGGCUGUGAAGGCUGAUUUGGCAAAGAUCGGCCUGACCAAUCCUGUAUGUACAGAGAUUGGAGAGAAAAUUGCCCUGAGUAGGAGAGUUGAGAAACACUGGAGAUUGAUCGGAUGGGGUCAGAUACGAAGAGGCGUGAAAGUAAAUCCUGAAUCUUAAACUGCAAUGUUUUAGGACUAAAUUAACAAAUUUUCCGACACUCGAGUGCCUGAGUGGUCAUAAAGAAACAGCUGCACCAACUGACAGUGCCAUGAUAGAAGCAAGCAUCGCCAUGGAAUUUACUAAAACCUACAUCAUGUUUCUAUUCAGUUAAACACCCAGACCUAUUUCAAAUAUGAUCAGUCAUGUGAUGUUAGAGUAUGACUGCUCGACAGUUCAUGUACAUACAAGGAUUCAAGGUUAAAUUUGUGAUACUCUUUAUUCAUUGCAAUUUGAUUGUUCCGAUUUUAACAUCACCUAGAAUACAUAAAACUUUAGAGAAAACAUUGAUUUAAUCAUUAUUCAACAUCUUUAUUGAUGAAAAGUGUAUUAAUUAAUGUAUACUAUUCAAAGAAAGUUAAGACCAAGCUUUUAUUAUUACUGUAGUUAAUGGGUUUACUACCGUAAUACAUGGGAGUGGUUCUUCAUUAACUUUGAGUGGUAUAUUACGUCAAGCAGUUCCGAUGGUUUUAUUUAAUUUCUGUUUCCCCGAUGGCAAAGGUAUGAUGGUUUGUGUCUGUAACUAAGCAACACUGGUAACUAAGCAACACUGGUACAUGCCCCAAACCACAAACAGGUAGUGACCGACCGCCUGCUGAAGCUGAGGACUGAACAAGUUGACACUAUCUGGAUGUUCAGGAAGAAGUUUGUCUUUCUGAUGGUCUUUCUGAUGGUUUGAGUCCUUAUCAAUGUUUAUGUAUCCUAUAAUUCAACAUUCAUGUGAAAAUAAAUUUACAUGUAAAUUCUGUAAAAAAA